GUAAACACCCAGCCUGCCAUGGUCACUGGGUGGGGACAAAGGUCUAGAGGUGGCCUCAUCAUAGCUAACACUGUUGACUCUUUGGACACCAGACCUAGCAUGGCCUUUGGCUUCAAAGGACACAGUGUUCUCCUCUCUUCUCUAUCAACAUCCUCUGAGCCCCUGCUGGGUACCAGGUGUCAUACCAGGCACUGGGGACACAGCACAGACAGUGAGUCCACAGCAGAGUGCACUGGCUAGAGGGGAGACGGGCAUUAGCUGAGCCUUCCUGAGGCGCCACCACCAGUACGGCCGGGCCAGCAUGGUGGACCACUUGCUUCCAGUAGACGAGAACUUCUCGUCAUCAAAGUGCUCUGUUGGUUUUCUGGGUGACAGGCUGGCCGGCCGGCAGGUGUACCACAUGCUGCCGUCACCCCUCUCUGAGGAUGACAGCGAUGCCUCCAGCCCUUGCUCCUGUGCCAGCCCAGACUCUCAAACUCUCUGCUCCUGCUACAGUGGAGGCCUGCGCACCAAAGGCCAGGAUAGCAUCUUGGAUUUCCUGCUGUCCCAGGCCACGCUAGGCGGUGGCGGUGGCGGCAAUGGGGGCAUUGGGGACAGCAGUGGUCCCAUGACCUGGGGGACCUGGUGGAGGGCGCCAGGGUCUGUGAAGGGGGAGCAUUGCUGCUUCCCCGAAUUUCCUUUGGGUGACACUGAUGACGUCCCCAGGCCAUUUCAGCCAACGUUGGAGGAGAUUGAAGAGUUCUUGGAAGAGAACAUGGAGCCAGAAGUAAAGGAGGUGCCAGAGAACAACAGUAAGGACCUAGAGGCCCGUGGUCAGCUCUCUGCACCACACCGGAACCACCUCCAUUCUGGCUCUGGAGGGAGAGAAUGCUGUACCCCUCCACCAGGUGGCACCAGUGUGGGCGGCACCCAGGGCCCAGGAGAGGGGUCUGCACCUGAAGGGCCCAUUCCAGUGCUGCUGCAGAUCCAGCCUGUGCCUGUAAAGCACGAAUCGGGCACUGGGCCUGCCUCCCCUGGGCAGGCCCCAGAGAACGUCAAGGUUGCCCAGCUCCUGGUCAAUAUCCAAGGGCAGACCUUUGCACUUGUGCCGCAGGUGGUGCCCUCCUCCAACUUGAACCUACCCUCAAAGUUCGUGCGCAUUGCCCCUGUGCCCAUCGCUGCCAAGCCCAUUGGAUCUGGACCCUUGGGGUCUGGCCCUGGUGGCCUCCUGGUGGGCCAGAAGUUCCCUAAGAACCCAGCAGCAGAACUCAUCAAAAUGCACAAAUGUACUUUUCCUGGCUGCAGUAAGAUGUACACCAAAAGUAGCCACCUCAAGGCCCACCUGCGCCGGCACACGGGUGAGAAGCCCUUCGCCUGCACUUGGCCAGGCUGCGGCUGGAGGUUCUCACGCUCCGAUGAGCUGUCACGGCACCGGCGCUCGCACUCCGGCGUGAAGCCAUACCAGUGUCCUGUGUGCGAGAAGAAGUUCGCACGGAGCGACCACCUCUCCAAGCACAUCAAAGUGCACCGCUUCCCGCGGAGCAGCCGGUCGGUGCGUGGUGUGAACUAAGGGCACCGCCAGUCCCAACCCUGCCUCCUAUCCCCAGACUCAUUUUUUUAAAACAAUAAUUUAUUUGCCUCCUUCAGAGGGAGGGAUGUGACAAUGUUACCAGCCUACCUUCUGAAACCUAGAAGUUGAGACCCCAGAGCCAUCACCCACUGCCUUUUCUGGGAGGACUUAGAGCCACACUCCUGCGUCCCUGGGGGCUGGGUCACCAGCACCUGGGGCCGGAGGCAGGCCUUGGUGCCUUUGUGCUUUUGUGCCUUCCUGCAGCAGCCGCGCCUGUGCCACAGCCACCAGCUUGAAGCAGGGUCCUGGGGGCCUGGCCCUUUUCCCACUGGGCGCUUUACCUGGGCCAAAGCCAACAUUUUAUGUCUGGGGAAGAAGAAAUGUGCAGUUUAGAAAUUUCAGUUCCCAGGGGAGCCAAGCUGGGAAGAAGGAAAUAGGCCAAAGUCCAGGACUGCACUAUGGUGUGAAGGCAGCUGGCAUUUAAGAUGCACCUCUAAGGCUGAAUGGAGGGUGUGGCAGGGCUCUUGCCCUGGCCUCUGGGCGUAUGUGGGAAAGAGUGCCCCCUGCCUCCUGGGCCCACAGCGCAUGUGCUUGAGUUCAGUGUGCAAGACAGACAGAACCAUAAGCAUCUGUCCCCAGCUUGGCUCAUUCCUGUCUCGUGUUUGCCAGAUAAAUGCUGACACCAGCCUCUAGGGUCACCUUCCAGAGGAGAGGGAAGCAGGCUGCUCUAGCUGUGAAAGACCUAGGUAGAGUCUCCCAGCCCUGAUUUAGAAAUGCAUUCCUUGUUUUGUCUAGAAAUUAAUAUCAAACAAACUAGCUUGUUUUGACAGGUUUAUUUCACAUCCUAUGAAUGUAUGUAAAUAAGCUGUACAUAGGUACAUCAACAUAAAAUCUUUUAAUAACAUUGACAUGUGUGUAAAUUUGAAAUUAAAUCUAUAAAGCUGGUGUACAUAUGUUACAAUUAUGUAUAUUUUCUUUGGUCCUUCAUAAAAAUAUAUUUACUUUGCCAAUAAAAAGAAAAAAGUCAGCUG